AUGAAACGACACCUGGAAGCUAUUUCAUUCACCCAAAUCGCCCCACGGUUUUUCACACUCGUUCUGGCGAUCACCUUGGCCUGGUCACUCUCUUGCCAUGCGAUUGCUCAAACCGCGCCUGCUUCCGUUGGAGAUACGGCUACUGAAGAGUCGGUUGAUUCGCUCGUCACCGAGGCCGACCCGCCAGUCGGCUACGAAACCGUUGCCGCGGUGAAGGCUGCGAUCUUCACCGGCAAAGUGAAACUGGUGAACGGUGAAAUCGAUGUGCCGGACAGCGUCGUGCUGGAAGAAGGGAUCGAGUACGGCCAGGGAGGCGGCGAACCGCUGAAACUCAACCUGUACACGCCGAAGGGGUUGGAUCACCCGGUGCCGGGUUUGAUCUUCAUUCAUGGAGGAGGCUGGAGCAAAGGUAGCCGUGACGAUUACCACUAUUACUGCGUCAAGUUUGCCGAGAUGGGUUACGUGGUGGCCACGGUCUCUUAUCGACUGGUGCCCGAGUGGACCUUUCCUGCAGCGGUUCACGAUGUGAAAUGCGCCGUUCGCUGGGUGCGGGCGAACGCCGAAAAGCUGCAUAUCGACCUGAAUCAGAUCGGCGUAGUGGGUGGUUCCGCCGGUGGUCAUCUUUCGAUGAUGAUUGGCUACUCCUCCGAUGUUCCCGAGUUGGAGGGCGAUGGGGGCAACCCGGAUGUUAGCAGUCAGGUUCAAGCAGUGGUCAAUAUUUACGGCCCCACCGAUCUCACCGCCGACGCGGCCACAGUGCACCCUACGGUUCACGGGUUCUUCGGAGGAAAGAAAUUCGACGAAGUACCAGACGACUACGAAUUGGCAUCGCCACUUACACAUCUUACCGCCGACGACCCUCCGACCCUGAUUUUGCAUGGAACCAUCGACGAACUGGUGCCAAUCGAUCAAGCCGACAAGUUGGCCGCCAAGCUGAAGUCGCUGGGAAUACCUUACCGCUACGAUCGUAUGCCUGGCUGGCCACAUUCGAUGGACCUUGCCGAGGUGGUCAACGAACGCUGUCGUGAGGUGAUGACGAAGUUCCUCAGUGAACAUCUGCCGCUGCCAAAUCAAGAAGCGCAGGCCGAGAAACAGCGGAGGGUGCUGCUGAUUGGCAUCGAUGGAUGCCGGUUCGAUGCGAUUCAGGCUGCCAAGACACCCAACCUCGACAACCUGAUGAAGAACGGGUGCUUCGACUCCGACUGUCAGAUUCUGGGCGAGCGGUAUCAAGGCAACGACACCAUCAGCGGCCCAGGCUGGUCGAGCAUCCUCACCGGCGUUUGGGCCGAUAAGCACGGGGUGCAAAACAACUUCUUCCAAGGGAAAAACUACGAGGACUACCCACACUUUUUUACUCGGCUGAAAGAAGAAAUGCCCGACGCUUACACGGCCUCGGUAGUCACCUGGGCGCCCAUCCAGUUGCAGAUUGUUAGCGGGGCCGAUCAAGGGUUGCACUUUUUACCGAAAGACAAGGACUAUGCGGGAGCCGAUGUGAAGGGUGCCAACGCAGUGAUGAAACUCCUCGAGGAGGAAGACCCCACCGUGCUCUUCUACUACAUCGGGCAAGUCGACGAGACUGGGCACAAAGACGGUUUUCACCCGACGGUGCCCGAGUACAUCGAGGCAGUCGAAAAGGCCGACCGCCACAUUGGAGAGGUGCUCGAGGCCGUGAAAGCCCGGCCGGACUAUGAGAACGAAGAGUGGCUCGUCGUCGUCACCAGCGACCACGGCGGCAAAGGCACCGGCCAUAGCAACGGUCACCAGGAUCCUGAGAUUCUCAAUAGCUUCAUCAUCGUCAGCGGCGAUGCCGCCCAGCGAGGCAAGCUGGAACAAGACACCUACUUGGUCGACGUGCCCGUGACCGUAAUGCAGUUUCUUGGGGUGGAAGCGCAACCUCAGUGGCAACUAGACGGCCACCCGGUUGGGUUGAAAUAG